AUGGCGCCCAGAAGGAUGGAAACCAAACCGCUGAUCCUCUGCCUGAAGACUCUGCUGCUGCUUUACUCCUUCAUCUUCUGGGUGACAGGGGCGGUUCUGCUGUCUUUGGGAUUGUGGUGGAACUUUAUGCUGGGGCCCUACACCACGCUGAUCGCUCACGGGCCCUCCAGCGCCCCGUACGCCCUCACUGGCACCGGAGCCGCCAUCGUGGUGUUCGGGCUGUUCGGCUGCUUUGCCACUUGCUGGGGGCGACCCUGGACCCUCAAACUGUACGCCGUGUGUCUGAUACUCGUCUUCUUGGUGGAGGUCGUCGCUGGAAUCUCCGGAUUCAUCUUUCGCCACGAGAUUAAACGGACCUUCCUGGUGUCGUACAGUGAAGCCGUGUUUGAGUAUGAUGGACGAGAUGACAGGAGUCUGGCUGUCGACAACAUCCAACGCACAUUGCGUUGCUGUGGUGUGUAUAACUACACCAGCUGGUUCAGCAGUGUGGAUUUCACCCUUAGUGGGAUUCCUGCUAGCUGCUGCAUUAAUGUCUCCAACUGCAGCAGCGCAGACCUGCGAAAUGCCACCAUGGCUCCACGUAUCGUCCACAAGCAGGGAUGUUAUGAGUUGGUGACGUCCUUCCUUGAGGGAAACAUGGGAAUUAUUGCUGGAGUCACUUUUGGCAUUGCCUUCUCUCAGUUUGUCGGGGUGUUUUUGUCCUGCUGUUUGUCUUGUGUCAUCACCACAAACCAGUAUGAAAUGGUCUAA